AGGAGCCAACACACUCUCAUGUGGUAUAUCUACACAUAUAUGCAUCUAUAGAAUCAGAGUGAGGCUGGUCUGAGCCUCUUGGUGCGUGUCACUCGCUAAAAGACGCACGGACAGGACGCAUCCAACGCUCUUUAUCCAUCCGAGUGUUCCGGACUUGUGGACAUAUACUGGAGUAAAAUCACUGGUUCGGACGCACUGGGAAUCUGCGGCGGAUGGGAUGUUGGGACAAGAAUCAUCCUGAGAGAUUCUGCUGCUUCAUUUUCAUCCAGGAACAGACAAGUGCGCCGUUUUCCUCCUGAACGCUAAUGUCUCCACAUCACAGACUCAGCCCUGGAUUGUAGCAGCGGCCCCCCCGAUGGUCUGAACAAGGGCGUUAAGGUGCGGGAAGGGAGUGGGACAAUUACAGGAUGAGUGAGCGAUACACGCACAUCGGAAGUAAAGUGGCUCUGCUCGUAAUGGUGCUCGUGGUCAGUGUCUGGGAGAUGACCGUACCAGCAGAAGGAGCCGCAGCAGCGCACCAGGUCCGAACGGGCACCUGCGAGGUGGUGGCGCUGCACCGCUGCUGCAACAAGAACAAAAUCGAGGAGCGGUCGCAAACUGUGAAGUGCUCCUGCUUUCCCGGGCAAGUGGCCGGCACCACCAGAGCCGCCCCGUCGUGUGUAGAUGCCUCGAUAGUGGAGCAGAAGUGGUGGUGCCAGAUGCACCCGUGCCUCGACGGGGAGGAAUGCAAAGUCCUUCCUGAUCUGAAGGGCUGGAGCUGUGCUACAGGGAACAAGAUCAAAACCACUAAGAUUUCUGCGGACAAAGAGCAGCUCUGGUAACAACAGAUGCUUCACGGAAGAGUCCAGGUGAAUCAACGGUUCUGGUCUCUAAUGGAUCAUCGGAGGAGAAAUGAAUAAUGCUGAGGACCUUUGUGUAUAUAGAGACUCUUUCUUCUGGACUGCAGUUAAUCCUUGGAAAACUCUGAAUGCUUCUUCUUGAACUCGAUGGACAUGACACAGAGGAGUAGAUUCUAAUAAAAGUACUGAUCAUUCAACACUUCUUUUUGGAGGACUAGCCUUAACGGACAACAGGAUUUAUUCUCUGACAUUGUUACUGCUCGUAGUGGAAUACAAAAGGUGAACUUUGCUUAUAUGUUAAUUUGUAGAGUACUAAGUUCUUUAUAGGGGAAUUUCCAUCACAAGUUGACGGGGGUGAACAGCGUGUCGGUUUGUUGAAAGCAAAUCUUCAUACAGAUUGUGAUUUUGUUUCAUCAGUCAGUUGGGACUUUCAUAUUCAACAAACUGUAUUUUCAAAUGAAAAU